CAUGAUGCCUGCCGCAAGUCAACUCGUGUACUCUCGCUAAUAGAGCUGAAAUAUUAUAGCCCUUUUGUACUAGCAAGGGUGGCGUGACAGACCGAGACACUCGCAAAUGUCCUGCUUUCCUUUCGCUGGGCUAAGUGCGCCGUCAACGUUCAAGCUGGCUCGCGUACCGAGGAUUUUACUUUGUCUAUUUUUGAUAGACAUAUUUUAACUGGCGACUUUGUUUUCCCGUCUUCGUUAUCUACCAGGCUCAAGUCGUGGGUCGCUACCUCUUCUUCCCCAAACCCCGUCCGUUCCUACAGCAGCAUGGUGAUGGCUGACUGUCACCAAAGACCGAUGCUUCGGGGUCCGGUUCGAGUGGGCUUUUACGACAUCGAGCGCACUUUAGGGAAAGGCAAUUUUGCCGUUGUGAAGCUGGCGAGACACCGCAUCACCAAGACCGAGGUUGCCAUCAAGAUCAUCGACAAGACGCAGCUGGAUGCCGUGAACCUGGAGAAGAUCUACCGAGAGGUGCAGAUCAUGAAGAUGCUGGACCAUCCGCACAUCAUCAAGCUGUACCAGGUCAUGGAAACCAAGAACAUGCUGUACCUGGUGACUGAGUAUGCCAAAAACGGGGAGAUCUUCGACUACCUGGCCAAUCAUGGGCGCCUGAGCGAGCCCGAGGCGCGGCGCAAGUUCUGGCAGAUCCUGUCGGCCGUGGAGUACUGCCACAACCGCCACAUCGUCCACCGCGACCUGAAAGCAGAGAAUCUCCUGCUGGACGGACACAUGAACAUCAAGAUCGCAGAUUUUGGGUUCGCAAACUUCUUCCAGCCGGGAGAGCCCCUGGCCACAUGGUGCGGCAGCCCCCCCUACGCCGCGCCCGAGGUGUUCGAGGGACAGCAGUACGAGGGACCCCAGCUGGACAUCUGGAGCAUGGGUGUGGUGCUAUACGUGCUGGUUUGUGGCGCCCUGCCCUUCGACGGCCCCACGCUGCCCGUCCUCCGACAGCGCGUCCUGGAGGGCCGCUUCCGCAUCCCCUACUUCAUGACGGAAGACUGCGAGCACCUCAUCCGCCGCAUGCUGGUGCUGGACCCCUCCAAGCGGCUGUCAGUGGCGCAGAUCAAAGAGCACAGGUGGAUGGCCUUGGACAUGCCCGUGCAGCGCCCCGCCCUCUACCAGCAGGCCACGCCCUCGGAGGGCGGGGCCAGCGUGGGCGAGUACAGCGAGCAGGUGCUGCGGCUCAUGCACAGCCUGGGCAUCGACCAGCACAAGACGCUGGAGUCUCUGCAGAGUAAGAGCUAUAACCACUUUGCUGCUAUCUACUACCUGCUGGUGGAGCGUCUGCGGGCUCACCGCUGCAGUUUCCCGGUGGAGCAGCGCCUGGACUCCCGGCAGCGCAGACCCAGCACCAUCGCCGAGCAGACCGUCGUCAAGACGAGCUCGGCCGCCUCACAGGUGGGCCUCCUCCCGCAGAAUGUGCGACUCCUACGAUCCUCGGCCCCGCCCCAGGCCUCCGCCGACGCCUCCUUCCCCUUCCCACAAUCCCCCUGCCAGCCCGAGCACAGCCUCAUGGAGGAGGAGGUGGCCACGCCCAAGGUCAACGGCUGCCUCCUGGACCCCCUGCCUCCCGUCACCAUCCGCAAGGCCAGCACCUCGUCGCCUAGCAACAUGAUGGAGACGUCCAUCGACGAGGGCAUCGAGACGGAGGAACCCGACAUGGAGGAUGACCCCGCCCACGUCUUCACCGCCCUGCAGACCGCCCGCUUCGGACAGCGCAGGCAUACCCUGUCUGAGGUCACCAACCAGCCCGGCGUGGUGGCCAGCGCAGGGAAGCUGUUCAGCCUGGGACACAACCCCUCCCUGGGCAGUGUGGACUCAGAGUACGACAUGGGCUCGGUGCACAGUGACCUCAGCCUGCUGGAAGACCCCCCCGCGCUCAAUGAGGUGGUACUGGCCAACGCCUCGGUCACCCGCAUGACUCCGCCCUUCAUCGGAGUGAGGCCCGCCAACCCCGCCAUGCAGGCACUGAGCUCACAGAGGCGGGAGGCCCACAACCGAUCCCCGAUCAGCUUCCGCGAGGGACGGCGAGCUUCUGACACCUCCCUCACGCAAGGUUUGGUGGCGUUCAGGCAGCACCUGCAGAACCUGGCCCGGACCAAAGGCAUCCUGGAGCUGAACAAAGCGCAGCUGCUGUACGAGCAGGUGGGGUCCGGGGACGAGCCCCCCCUGCUGCCCCACAGCCCACACCCCUACCUGCAGGACCUGCUGGAUCCCCUGCUGCAGGGGGAAGGUUCCCAGCAGCAGGAUGGAGUAGCCAUGUUCCACAGUGGAGCCGCUCCCCCUCUGCUAGCAAGAAGACAGAGCUUGGAGACCCAGUACCUCAGCAACAGACUGCAGAAAGCCGGGCUGAUGGCCAACUCCCCCAGCAGCUGCCAGAUGUUCUGCAAGGAGACCCCCCGCAGCCUGGAGCAGCAGCUGCAGGAGCACAGGCUGUACCAGAAGAGGCUGCACCUGCAGAAGCAGUCCCAGCUGCAGGCCUACUUCAACCAGAUGCAGAUCGCCGAGGGCUCGUACCCCCACCCCGGCCCCAUGGGCCACCCGGAGACCACUGCUCCGUCCCAGGUCGCCAUCGCCCCGGCACCGUCCCCCCAGUUCCCGCGGCCCCCGCCCCUCAGCCCCCUCAUGGAGCCCAGCGCUGAGGCCCUCGUGUAUGAGCCCUACGCAGGGCACUACCCCCACCUCCUGCACCCCCCCCAUCCCCUUGCCGGGCCAGCCCAACCCCAGACCCACCCCCCGGAGCCGCUGGGAUACCCCGCGGGCCUGAGCCUGUCUCCCCCGGCGGAGGCGCUUUACCCAGAGCAGUACCAGUACCCCCUGGACCCCGGACAGCCCCCUCCUCCUGCGGGCCUGACCGAGGGUCCCGGGGCGGGGUACGAGGCGCCGGGGCCGGGGUACGAGGGCCUGGCCCUGCCGGAGCUCCACGGCUCCUUCCUGGAGGGAGAGAUGAUGGAGACGGUGGAUUCGCAGCACGGCUUUGUGCUGGUGAACUGAGCGCAGAGAAUGGGAGAGAAGCAGUGUUACCCCGAGACUUGCACAACUGUGGGGGGGAGGGGAGGGUGGAGGCAGGCGUGUGUGUGUUGCAGGGGGGAGGAGAGAGCUGGACAGACCGACCGACAGACAGACAGACAGAGACAGUGUGAGUUUUUUGUAUCAUUAAUUCUAUUUUGGUCGUUGUGAACCUCAGACUUUCUCCCAAAAUGCUCCCUACCUCCCUACCCAAACCCCCCUGUCCCCAGCAGCCCUGUCGUGCUGCAGCGGGUCCUGGGUGCUGGGCAAGUGUGGCUGAGGACACGCGUGUUCGUGUGCGUGUGGCCGUGCACAUGUGUGAUGUGACGUCGCUGCCGGAGAGCUGAGGGCAGCAGCCGUGCACUGGGAGAGGCAUGGGCCCAGCGGACCCCCUCACAAACACCCCCCGCCCCCCCUGACCCCCCCGCGGAGCCCAGCGGUGGGCACAAGAGCACAAAUGGCAACAAGGUUUUCCUUUUUGUAUUAACACAGGACAGAGACUUCGCACAAGUUUGCGGAUGAGACAUUUCAUACAAACGACAAAAAAAACUACAACGUGCCCUUCACAGGCGCCGUGACGUGACCGUGGAGUUUUCGUGUGGCAAUAUUGAAGCAAUACGUUCAUCAUGAACUGAAAGGAGCCUUAAACACGUCGUAGGUUUCUGAAGGAUUGUGCGCUUUUUUUAAAUAACCUAAAGAAUUGUCGAGUGUUAAGUUCAGGAGGACUCAAAGCUAUGUCACUUAACACUGGAUUCAGACACCCAGCUCACUCUGGCUCUCUUGGAGACAAGCUUAAAAGAAAGGAGGAUUUUGUUUUUACUUAUUAAAAUCUACUUGAAACUUAAUAAUAAAUUGCUGACUAAACUGAAACGCUACUUUUCCGAAAAAUAGGAUGACAAAAAAAUUGUACUGUAUUUGUCAGUCUUUGCGACAGAGGCCAGACGAGACAGAUGUCUGGAGAAGUGGUUUUACUGCUGCACUUUUUCAAGGAAGUAAAAAGGAAAUUACAGGAAGAGGAAGUGGCAGCUGGAAGGAAGAUCCAGCUAUGCCUCUUCCAGAGAGACUGAACCGAAGGGACACAAGAAUGGACAGGUCAAAGUAGGGAUCUUUCAGAGUUCAGACCAGAGAGAAUUAUGUGUCAGUGAUUGUUCUUUGUGAU